AAAAAGAAAAGCGGCUGACGUUCUCACAAACUGUCAUCAGACGUGGUCAUCAUCGUUUCGUUUUCUCCGUGCCGUGAGUGAUCCGUCGUGUGUUUUGCUCCUCUACAUUUUCCAGUUUACUUGCCUAGAUUGCACAUUUUCCCAUCUUUUCCUGCUCAAAAUUGGAUACGGAACCAUGGACGGAUCAGCGGGAACCCCCGGCUCCAAAAGGAGCCCAGCUCCGGAAGGGGAUUUGGACCAGACGCCAAUCUUUCUUGCGGUACUCGUCGUGCUCAUUACUCUCAUGCUCUUGUACGUGUGGAAGAAGAAACGCACGGCGCGGUCAGAUGUGCUGCUAAUGGGCCUAUGCGAUUCGGGCAAGACGCUACUGUUUUCACAUCUCAUUUUGGACGAUGAAAAGGAGACGUUUACCUCGAUCAAGGAGAACCUGGGCUAUCUAACAACGUCCAGCGGCGAGCUACGGCUGGUAGAUGUUCCCGGUCAUGAACGGUUACGUGGGAAAUUUUUCGAUCAGUACAAAAAUUUGUCGAAGGCGAUCGUUUUUGUGAUUGAUAGCGUAACGGUGCAGAAAGAUAUCCGGGAUGUGGCUGAUUUUCUGUAUACCAUUCUUGCCGAUAAAGCUACGACUAACUUGCCGGUGAUUAUUCUAUGUAAUAAACAGGACGAAACGUUGGCUAAGGGAGAGGGAGUCAUAAAGAGUUUGCUGGAAAAGGAAAUAAAUCUAGUUCGUCAGACGCGUACCAGUCAACUACAGUCGGUGGACGCCAACAGUGCUGAUGCUGUAUUUCUCGGUAAAUCAGAUAAGGAUUUCGAAUUCGGUCAGCUUUCGCAAAAGGUGAAGCUGGUAGCCUGUUCAGCAAAGGAGUGCCAACUCGAUGAUCUGAAUGCAUUUUUGGAUAGUUUAUAAGAAUGGAACGAUAAGACUUAGGCUUGUAUUUUUUCUUACCAGUAAUCUAAUUAUUUAAGGGUAGUGCAGGCAGUAACUAGGGUAGGUUUUUUAGAUUUUUUCUCUUUUUUUAUCUCGUAUCGAAGAUGGUUCAUGUUAUUUAUCUUUCUAUUAAUCCAGUGUGUCCCACUUUCUUAAAUACAGCUCGGAAAACGA